AUGGCCGGGGCCAUUGCAGCCGGUAACGCAGUAGUUGUCAAGCCCAGCGAGCUGGCCGAAGCCUCUGCUACAUUCAUUGCUGAGACUCUUCCUAAAUACUUAGAUAGUGACGCGGUAGCCGUAGUAGAGGGGGGUCCGGAGGAGACAACGGAGCUCCUAAAGAACAAAUUCGACUACAUAUUCUACACGGGUGGGACCAAUGUGGGAAAGAUUGUAUACAGUGCUGCUACCAAAAAUCUUACACCGGUCACGUUAGAACUUGGAGGGAAAAGCCCGACAUACAUAGACAACACAGUUGACAUAGAGGUGACCACGAAAAGGAUACUAUGGGGUAAAUUCAUAAAUGCCGGCCAGACCUGUAUCGCUCCAGACUAUGUUCUGUGCAGUAGAGAAGUCCAGGACAAGUUCGUGGAGUACGCAAAGCUCAUACUGAAGGAAUGGUAUGGAGAGGACCCACAAAAGUCCCCAGACCUAUGCAGGAUUAUCAACAGCCGGCAUUAUAGUCGCUUGCAAGCGUUAUUGAACGCGAGUAAAGAUAAAGUCGCCAUUGGGGGCAAAAGUGACCCCCAGGACCGGUACGUAUCGCCCACGAUACUCACUAAUGUGUCCCCAGACGACAAAAUAAUGGAGGACGAAAUAUUCGGCCCAAUUUUACCGAUCGUGCCCGUCGACAACGCUUACGAAGCCAUCAAAUUUAUCAACGCCAGAGCAAAGCCGUUGGUGCUGUACGUUUUCACACAAAGCGGUGCAGUCCGAAGGAGUUUAACCGAUAAUACAUCUAGUGGAGGAAUGUGCAUAAACGAUACCAUGAUGCAAAUGGGAGUUGACACACUGCCCUUCGGCGGAGUGGGAAACAGCGGCCUCGGGGCCUACCACGGAAAGGCUUCCUUCGACACCUUCACGCACAAGAAGAGUUGUCUCAUCAAGAACUUUGCAGCUAUCGGCGAAAAACUCGCUUCUGGGCGUUACCCUCCAUACACUGACGGCAAGCUGAGUUUCAUAUCGAUGUUGAUGCGCAAGCGCCACGGGCCCUCACUCAAGUACCUGCCUUAUCUCCUGACCUUUGCGUUGGGCGCAUCCGUCGCCUACGGCAUCACUGUCUGGCAGAAGAUGGGAGGUGAAGAGCUUUAA